AUGCCGUUGAUCGCUACUGCUGAACAGGAGCAAAAGCUAUACUUCACUGCAAACAGCGUGCGCAACACGACCCUUGCCACGAAAGAUGAUUCGCUCUACUAUGAAGUUGUCACCAGAUACUGGCAUCCAAAGUUGACGAAGAUCAAUAUCCUCGACCCAGACACGCAAGCUCUACGGCUCAUCGCGGAGAUCGAGCAAGUCAGUGGGAAUAAGUGGCAAAAUGGGAGGUUUAGAGUGCGGUUUUUGAAUAGUGUGGCCCCGGGAGAAGAAUUAGGGCAGUGGAUGUCGGACAUUGACUUUCUUAAGCCAACUUCAGACAAGAUAGGAGGCACCUUCAUUGAUCCGCAAGGCCUGGAAUGGCGUUGGAAAACGCACAAUCGUAGACUGCAGCUUGUACGCGUAGGCGACGAAGUAAAAUCCCCUUCCGUUGUGUACGAGCCUCACAAACGCUAUUUCAUGGUACUUCUCAUGUCGCGUCAUGCAUCCUGGGAUGUGCAGCCGCAAGCUAUCGGUUUUCUAGACAGAUUGCUUGUGAGCUAUAUCUUGGUAGAAAGACGCAGAAGAGCUACCAAAGCAGUGAUUGAUAGGCUUAUAUGA